AUGUCCGACCUCACUCAACUCGAGCGGAAGCUGCAUGGCUAUCAGGUCAUCCUCUGGGAUAGUCCCACGCUCAAACAAACUUUUGAGGCGGUGACGGACCACGACGACAAUGACAACGCGCAGAACGAAGCCGACGAGCAAGAGCAGCGGCCUCCUCUUGUACAAGUGGAGCAGCAGCCUUAUGGGGCCAAGACCAAGACCGGAUCUGAGGCCUGCGGCGUGAGCAAGAGCAGCGUGUACAAGGCUUACGUCGACAUGUGCCACUGCGAGGGCCGACCGACCCUGUUCACGCGCGCCGUCGUGGGCAAGAUGGUCAAGCGCGCCUUCCCCGACGUGCGCACCAAACGCCGCGGCCCGCGCGGCCGUGUCACUCAACACUACAUCGGCCUCCGGCCGAUCAUCAGCUGCAGCACCAGACACUCGCCUCCCUUCUAUCAGAGCACUUCGGAGGUGGAGCGCAACGGCAGCGUCGCCAUCGCGAUAGAGCCGAAGCCCGACACAGCAGCCGAACCGUGCUCGAGUCCCAGCGUGAGUCUCCUCGAGCCGACCCAGAUCGACGCGGCCUGCGCCACCGCGGAGCACUUCGACGAAGGAAUUGGUUCGAACCACCGCGCCGCAGGGCACGACGAGGAGGAGGUGGACGGCGAUGACGACCAAGCCCCAGGCCUGUCGGGCUCCGGCGUGCCCCAGGCUGGGGCGGCGGUACAGUUUGUUUCGGCCUCUCGGUCAAGUCACUCUCACUCCUUCUCUACCACGCCCACGUCAUCCGUGGAUUCGACUUCAUCAACGACCAUCUGGGCGCCCUUCCUGCCGUCAACGCUGGCGGCCAUGGGCGGCCUUGCACCCGCGAUCCGACAACCCGCGCCGGCGCAGCACAUCCCGCUCGAGACGCUGGAGAGCCUGUGGGACUGGCGACAUGAGGCGCCGAGCGACUUUGAGACCUGGCCCCCGUCCGUGAUUGACACCACCACCUCUUCGGAGCCCACCACCCAGGCCAACGGCAGCUGGCCACCUCUUCCGGUCAAGUGGGCGGGCGUGGAGCGAGGCGGCUGCGAGAUGGUGGAGGACCUUGAGUCGCUCCUGGCGUGGUCAGACGUGACUGAUGACCCCGGAAAUGUAAAAGAAAACUAG